AUAUUCUUAUUCGAACGAUGGCUUGACCAACUCGUCCCUUAUUAUAUUCACUAAUUAAAAUCAAAGAAACGGUAUAAAUGAACGAGACACCAAAGAUUUUAUGAACAAGCUGCAAGGUUGCAAUCAUAUUCCUCCUUUGCGUUAUCUCUCCUCAGUCUCCACUCAAAUCUUCAAAAAUGAAGAAGAUAGUUGUAUUCCAGUUCACUGUUUUUGAUGAAAGCAUCAAAGAGAGAGCUAAGGAAAUUGCCAGCGAGUUUCCAGGAGUUACUAAGGUGGUAGAGGUUGAAGGAGAAGGUCAGCUAGAGGUGAGGGGAGAAUUUAGUACGUUUGAAUUGACAAAGGAACUAAUGAAGAUAGAUGAAUCUGUUGAGACCAUCAAGAUUGUACCAGAUGGAGUAACGGAGCCAGAAGUCAAGAUCCAGCAGCAAGAUGAAGGCAAACCACCUACUAACAUACAAAACACGUCUAAGUGGCCCAGUGAUGUUGCCAGUAGCUCAAAUGGGAGAGGAGUGCAAGCAUAUGAAUUUUUGGGGCAGGCAAUAGAUGUUGCUAAGCUGGCCAAAGAUAUGGGUGUUGGUGCUGCUAAGCAGGCCAAAGAUAUGGGUGUUGGUGCUGCUGGUAAGGCAAUAGGUUUAGGUAUGAAUUAUUAUCGAAAUAAAAAAGAAAAAGACGUUAAGGCACAGCUAGAACCUAAGCUGGGAGCAGAACAAAGAAACAUUUGGGGACACCUUCCUGAAGCGCAGAAACGAGGUCUCUUUGAAGUGGAGAAACAAAAGAAGAUCAGGGAUGAGGAAGAGAGGAGGAAGAAACAAGCUGAAGAGAUAAAACAAAGGAAGAUCAGGGAGGAGAAGAUGAGAAAACAAGCUGAAGAUAUGAAACAAAAGAAGAUCAGGGAAGAGGAGAUGAGGAAACAAGCUGAACAGAUGAAACAAAAGAAGAUCAGGGAAGAGAAGAUGAGGAAACAAGCUGAAGAGAUGAAGCAAAAGAAGAUCAGGGAGGAGGAGAUGAGGAAACAAGCUGAGGAGAUGAAACAAAAGAAGAUCAGGGAGGAGAAGAUGAAAAAACAGGCUGAAGAGAUGAAACAAAAGAAGGAGGAACAAAGGAGGAAACAAGCUGAAGAGAUGGAACAAAGGAAGAUCAGGCUGGACAAGGAGAAGAGAAAGAUGAUGGAAAAAGAUUUAGCAAUUAAGAAAGAAGAGGAAAAACUAAAGAUCUGGCAGGAGAAGAUGAAGAACUCAGGAGGAACGACAUGGACAGGAACCACAGGGAGUUUGUGGGGCAACCUAUCCACACAAACAAGUGCAUGGAUGGGACUACAAACCGGAGAAACAAGUGCAUCAGCACAAACACAACUACCCGGACGAGCAAGUGCAUCAACGCAAAACCAACGUUUAACACAAAGACGAAAAGAGGAAUCACGAGGAGUUGACAAAAAAGGGAAGAACCACCAAUAAACUAUUUAUUCUAAUUCUAAAGAAGCUCAACAGGGUUUAAGCUUUUCAUGAUAAAACGUUCCUAGUCCAUUUCAUCUUUUAAAAUAAAAUUUGUGUCCUUCUUUGCUAUAUGAUAUUUAUCAAAUUUGGCUUUCUAUUGUUUUUGUUUGCCUUAAGACUUGAUCUUCCAAGUUUGUGGUGGUUGAGUGAUAUCUUCUUUUUUUUUUUUGGUAAAAGUAAAUGUCAAAAGCUUGUGAAAGGAUCUUCGAAUACUGACUCAAAUAACUUAAAGGUUAAAUAAAAAUAAUGAUCUACACCACACACAUCUUAUUAACACAACAAUUGUUUCAUACAAACAUCAGUAGGGCUGUAAAAAGUCUGUAAAAAGUCUAACCGUCUACAUAAGAACCAAGAGCCAACAGUGUACAUUUUUCAAAUAAAAUAUAUGAGAUGAAAAAAAUGUCUUUGCAUGAAUAUGUAAUGUUCUUGGAAAUGUUAUUGUUGCAAGACUUUACAAAUGUAUUGCCCCAGUAUUUAGAUGGAUAUCAGGAGAAUUUAUUAGCUAAUAGGCUUUUGCCAAAAAUGGUACAUAGUUAUACAACAAAACGAAGGGACCAAAAUAGUUAAGACCCCAAGAAUUCAAUAGGAUUAAAAAAGAAGCACCAAAAUUUGAAUCAAAAAUCACAAAUUACAUUAUAUGCACAUUCGUCUAUACCUUAAGAAUACAUGUAAAUAAAACAUCUAUGUACCUCCUUGCUGGAGCCCCUGAAUUAGUAGUAGCUGUUGAAGAAUCUCCUUUGCUCUUGACCUCCUAAACUGGCUUGCACAUUUGCGUCCUUCCAUCUAAGCAUGAGAUGUCUAUGUUGAUCAGUCAGAAGUUGAGGUUGAUGCGUCAGCAGCUCUC